GUCCAUGGAGCUAGACCAGUCUCUCUCUUAUUCAUGGGACAAACAAACCUCUAUCCAAGUUUUCUAAUUUCGAUCAGAUAGCACUUGCUCCCCAUCUCCAGAUCAUGUUAUCAAAAUUUCCUGACCCUUCUCCACCACAAUUUCCUCCAUUGUCUUGAACCAAGGAAAAACACCAACACUAGAACCCCCUCACAGUCUGUGAGCCAUGUAACUCAACACCAUGGAAGACACACUCCUCCAUUUCCUCUCCAACAUCAAACUCUCCCCACUUCCUUAUCCCAAAGCCCACAGCUUCCCCUUAUCCCACCAUGAUUAUUGCCCCGCACUUUCUUGCCCAAGAACCCUCCAGUUUCCCACUCUUUCCUCCAAAACGAACACCGCUUCUCUCCCUCCUAAGCCUUUCAAAACUCCAGAAACCCCCUCUAUAUCCUCACACCAUACCCCUCCACUGCCGCAAUCCCAACCCCAAGAACCACCCAAUACUGAAUUUCAAGAAAAAAUCCUCUACCUCGAUUCAAUAGGGCUAGACAUAUUCUCCUUAAUAAACCACCACCGUCCGUUCAUCCUCUCUGCCUCCUUAUCAAACAUCAAAUCCAUCAUUGAUUUACUCACCUCCAUGAACUUCACUCCACAAGAGUUCCGCAGAAUCAUCUCCAUGUGCCCAGAAAUCCUCACCUCCACUCCUUCUACUGUCACCCCAGUCAUCACCUUCCUUCUCCGUGAAGCCCGCGUCAACGGCUCUGAUUUGAAACAUGUCAUAAACCGACGGCCCAGAUUACUGGUAUCCAGCGUCAAAUACUGCUUGCGCCCCACACUCUAUUUCCUCCAAAGCAUUGGCCUUGAAGAGGUAAAAAGACACACAUAUUUACUGUCUUGUAGUGUUGAAAAAAAACUCUUGCCCAGAAUCCAAUACUUUGAAAAAAUUGGGUUCUCGUAUAAAGAUGCUGUUUCCAUGUUUAGGAGAUUUCCACAACUGUUUAAUUACAGUAUUAAGAAUAAUAUUGAGCCCAAGUUGAAUUAUUUUGUUGUGGAAAUGGGAAGGGAUUUGAAGGAAUUAAGAGAAUUUCCGCAGUAUUUUUCAUUUAGUUUAGAGAAUAGAAUUAAGCCUAGACAUCAAUGUUGUGUUGAGAAAGGUCUGUGUUUUCCUCUACAUACGCUGUUAAAGACAAGCCAGGAGGAGUUUAUGAGUAGAAUUGAUGUUUGUUGUAAUUCUUCUGUUCCUUUGAGAAGUUCUCCUUUAUAUUCUGUAAAUUGCGACAUUGAUUCUACUACUAAUACAGAAUAAAUAUUCUUUUUUUUGGA